GUCGAGGCGCUUCAGCGGGGCGGCGGGGAGGCGGGCGAGGGCCUGCCGGCGGUUGCCAGGGCCUGCCGGGGCCUUUGAGGCCGCCGCGGUCCGCGUUGCUGGGGCCGGCGGGGCGCGGGAGAGGUCUGCCUGGUCGGAGCGCAGAGCGGGGACACUCCCGCCCCUUCCUUCCUGUCGCCCCUCCCCCGCGGCGGCAGGCCCUGCACGGGAAGAUGGCGGCGGCGGCCGGAGGCGGCAGCGGCAGCAGCAGCGGCGGCGGCGCGGGGGCGGCGGGCCGGCCCGGGCUGUGAGACCCGCGGCGGGACGGGGCGGCGAGCGGCGGAGGAUGAGCCUGCUGUGUGCGCAGUAUCUCCGGCAGGCAGAAGUCCUGAAGGCUGACAUGACAGAUUCGAAGCUGGGUCCAGCAGAAGUCUGGACAUCCAGACAGGCUCUACAGGACUUAUACCAGAAAAUGCUAGUGACCGAUUUGGAGUAUGCUUUAGAUAAAAAAGUGGAGCAGGACCUUUGGAAUCAUGCCUUUAAAAACCAGAUCACGACGCUACAGGGUCAGGCGAAAAACAGAGCAAAUCCAAAUCGGAGUGAAGUCCAGGCGAACCUUUCUCUGUUCUUAGAGGCAGCUAGUGGCUUCUACACACAGUUAUUACAGGAAUUGUGCACAGUUUUUAAUGUAGACUUGCCAUGUCGUGUAAAGUCUUCCCAGCUGGGAAUCAUUAGCAAUAAGCAGACGCACACCAGCGCCAUAGUGAAGCCACAGUCUAGCUCCUGCUCUUACAUCUGCCAGCACUGCCUUGUCCACCUUGGAGAUAUUGCUCGCUAUAGGAAUCAGACCAGCCAGGCAGAGUCUUACUACAGACAUGCAGCUCAGCUUGUCCCUUCUAAUGGUCAGCCUUAUAAUCAGUUGGCUAUUCUAGCUUCCUCCAAAGGAGACCACUUGACCACAAUUUUCUACUACUGCAGAAGCAUUGCUGUGAAGUUUCCUUUCCCAGCUGCCUCCACUAACCUACAAAAAGCACUUUCUAAAGCACUGGAAAGUCGUGAUGAGGUGAAGACUCGAUGGAGUGUGUCUGACUUCAUCAAGGCCUUCAUUAAAUUCCAUGGCCAUGUGUACCUGAGUAAGAGCUUGGAGAAGCUGAGCCCUCUUCGAGAAAAGCUGGAAGAACAGUUCAAGAGAUUGUUAUUCCAAAAGGCCUUCAAUUCGCAGCAGUUGGUCCAUAUUACAGUUAUCAAUCUGUUUCAAUUACAUCACCUUCGAGACUUCAGCAAUGAAACUGAGCAGCACAGCUACAGCCAGGAUGAGCAGCUCUGCUGGACGCAGUUACUGGCUCUCUUCAUGUCCUUUCUUGGAGUUCUGUGCAAGUGUCCUUUACAAAAUGACUACCAGGAGGACUCUGGGGCUGCAUAUCCUCUUCCAGCUGUGAAGGUUUCAAUGGACUGGCUGAAACUUAGGCCCAGUGUAUUCCAGGAGGCGGUGGUUGAUGAAAGACGGUAUAUAUGGCCCUGGCUGAUUUCUCUUCUAAACAGCUUCCAGCCUCAUGAGGAAGAUCUCUCCAAUAAUAAUGCAACUCCCCUUCCAGAAGAAUUUGAGUUGCAAGGAUUCCUGGCUCUGAGGCCCUCAUUCAGGAACUUGGAUUUUUCCAAAGGCCACCAGGCAAUUACAGGAGAUAAGGAAGGGCAACAGCGUCGGAUACGGCAGCAACGUCUGAUCUUCAUAGGCAAAUGGAUUGCUGAUAACCAGCCGAGGUUGAUUCAGUGUGAAAAUGAGGUAGGAAAGCUGUUGUUUUUGACGGAAAUCCCAGAAUUGUUACUAGAGGACCCUAAUGAAGCCAAAGAGAGUCUGGCCUUGCAGGAAACAUCUAUUGCAGAGCCGCUGUCUACAGAUGGGAGCCCUGGACUCAAAUCAGUUCUAUCCUCUGGCAGAAGCCUGAACAACAACUGUGAUGCAGGAGAAAAACCAAUGGUCACGUUCAAAGAGAACAUCAAGCCACGGGAAAUUAACAGAGAGCAGGGGCGAAUCUAUCCCCCUAAAGAUGUAGGUAGGGAAAGACGGGACUACAGCAAAGGAAUAGUAGCCAAUAAGAACGAUGGAAAGAAGGAUAACAAUAAAAGAAAGAACGAGACCAAGAAAUGCGGCUUGGAUAAGAUGCAGGAAGCAGGAAAGCAGAAUGUGGCAGUUCAGGUGAAAUCCCAGACAGAGAUGAGGAAGACUCCGGUGUCUGAAGCCAGGAAAACACCUGUAACUCAGACUCCAAGUCAGGCCAGCAGUUCUCAGUUCAUCCCCAUUCAUCACCCAGGAGCCUUCCCUCCCCUUCCUAGCCGGCCAGGAUUUCCACCUCCAACCUACGUGGUCCCCCCUCCUGUGGCUUUUUCCAUGGGCACGGGCUACACUUUCCCAGGUGGUGUUUCUGUCCCAGGAACCUUCCUCCAGCCCACAGCUCACUCACCUGCAGGAAACCAGGUGCAAGGUGGGAAACAGUCCCACAUUCCUUACAGCCAGCAACGGCCCUCUGGACCGGGGCCAAUGACCCAGGGACCUCAGCAAACACCACCUCCUUCCCAGCAACCCCUCUCAUCUUUACCAGCUCAGGCAACAGCACAGUCCGCAAGUCAGUUACAGGUCCAAGCUCUGGCCCAGCAACAGCAGCAGCAAUCCCCUACAAAAGCUGUGCAAGGCCUGGGGAAGAGCCCACCUCGCCACUCUGGAUUCCAGCAGUAUUCACAGACAGACUCAUCAAAGCAGCUCUGGAGUCCACCUCAAGUCCAAGGCUCACUGGGGAAGAUCAUGCCUGUAAAGCAGUCCUAUUACCUGCAGGCCCAGGACCCUCUGAAAUUAUUUGAACAGUCAUUACAGCCUCCUGUGAUGCAACAGCAACCUCUGGAGAAAAAAAUGAAGCCUUUCCCAAUGGAGCCAUAUAACCAGAACCCCUCAGAAGUCAAGGUGCCAGAAUAUUACUGGGACUCUUCCUAUGGCAUGACUGACAACAGGGUAGUGGCACAGCAGUCCAACAUGGACCGCAGGGGAAAACGACAAGGAGUCUUCCGCCCAGAGCAGGAUGCUGUCUCCAGGAUGACCUUUGAGAAGUCCCUGCUGGAAAAACCAUCAGAAUUGAUGUCUCAGUCAUCAUCCUUCCUAUCCCUCAGUGGCUUUUCUCUUAAUCAGGAAAGAUACCCAAAUAAUAGCAUGUUCAAUGAGGUGUAUGGGAAAAACAUGAAUACCAGCACAAAAACAGAAGUCACCCCUUCAGUUGCCCAUCAGGAGACUUCAUUGUAUUCUCUCUUUGAAGGGACUCCGUGGUCUCCAUCCCUUCCAGCCAGUUCAGAUCAUUCGACACCAGCCAGCCAGUCUCCUCACUCCUCCAACCCCAGCAGCUUGCCAAGCUCCCCUCCAACCCAUAACCACAAUUCUGUUCCUUUCUCCAACUUCGGACCUAUUGGGACUCCAGACAACAGAGAGAGGAGAGUCGCAGAUCGCUGGAAAACAGAUAAGCCAGCCAUGGGAGGGUUUGGUCUGGACUAUCUCCCAGCAACAUCAUCGUCUUCGGAGAGCAGUUGGCACCAGUCCAGUGCUCCCAGUGGCACCUGGGCAGCCCAAGGCCCUCCUGCCAUGGAGGACUCUUCAGCUGUGCUAAUGGAGAGCCUGAAGUCCAUCUGGUCCAGUUCCAUGAUGCACCCUGGACCCUCAGCCCUGGAGCAGCUGUUAAUGCAGCAGAAGCAGAAGCAGCAACGCGGACAAGGCACCAUGAACCCGCCGCACUGAGACAGAGGUGACGACCCUUGCAAACGAAGGCUCCAUAAACCAUGGCAUGUUGGGUUUGCAGGACUGGCCCACACGGUCCUGUGCAGGUGGCAGCCCUCUCUUCUGUUCCUUGCCGUCAGGAGGGCGUAAGUGCUCCACCGACGCACUGAGUGUGCACAAAACGCCCGCAGCGCGAGGAAAACAACAUCAGGAUCUCUCCCAUCCCUGGGCCCUCCGGAGGGAGAGAGGAACUGCUGUUUGUCUCACUCAGUGACCCGAUAUCACCGCCUCUCACCUUCGCCAUCGUGCAUGUCCCCAGCCACAUGGGAAGCAAAAGCUGAGAAUGAAAGGCAGAUGGGAGAAGCCAAUGAGAACUUUUAAAUCCUUUUCCUCUCUUUGGGGAGAUAAACUAGGAAUCCAUUAAUGAUUGCUUCGCUGACUGAGAAUGUAGUUGAAAUUUACUCCUAAACAUCUUUAUUACUAUCUCGGUAGUAAGAUCACACUGAAUUCUUCCGUACACAGACGUGCUUCGUAGUCAGUGUGUAGCAAUGAAAACCCCAGUUGCCGUUCUGGUCAGAGGCGGUUAGUGGCAAGAUGGGGCUCUCUCCUGGGCUAGCGAAGGAGUUUCAUGAAGGAGAGUCUGGCACUUGACACCACCCUUCACCCACGGGCUUUGGCCAGCCGACGGGUGGCUUAGAGACUCCAGCAUGAAAUGCCCUCCUCUCAGCAGGUGUUGGAGCCGUAACCAGUGAUGUGGAGCAUCGCAGUGCUCUGCUGGACAAGCCACUUAACUGCUAUGGGGUUUUAAAUUAAUGUUUGAUUCCUGUACGUUUUACUGUAGCAUAGUGGCUAGCCCCACCAAGGGCAGGCUAGUCUGUGCAUUCACAGCCUGACUCAUUUUCAUAGGUAGGUAGGAAGCUUUCAACGCUUUUUGGUUUGGGUUUUAUUUUUUCUCUUUCUCUCUCCAUCCUCUCGUCUUCACCAGACGCUUAGUAGUUUCAUUACCAACAUGCAGCAUCUUGCAGGAAAUAAUCAGGGGUCCAGCAGGGCUGGGUAGAGCCGAGAGUCAGCCCUGGCAGCACCUCAGCUCCACAGAACACCCCUCAUCCAGCUGCAGCCCCAAACUGUCUGCGCCAGAAGGAACCGCAAGGCGCCUGUGGACACGCGUGUGCGUAACCCUCACACGGAAGGAAGCAGAGUGCUGCUCAUAGAGGAAAAGGUGCAGAAGGGAAAAAGAAAACAUUUUUGUUUGCUAUUUAUUAGGGGGAAGGAAGACUGGAAGCUUCGUUAAUGAAAAGGACAGCUUUUUUUGUUAGGUUUCCCAGGGAAGUUAAGGAAACAAUCUCAACGUCCGUUUGCUGUGUUUAGCAGUAGGGGUUUGUGUGAUGAUUCAGGAUCUCUGAGCUGGAAGUCAGCUGCAGAGCAAAAGCAAAGCACAUGCAGGAGCCGAAGCGACACGAGCCUGGGCAGCCCCAAAGAACACAAAAAGGGAAGACGGAGGAGACCAGAUUCCCCCACCCUGGGGGUACGAGCAGCUCCCCAUGAUCUCCACCUGAGCAACAUCACUCUUCUCUGUGGCAUUUCGAAGCUGUAUUUCCUUUAAAAAGUCCAAAAAGGUGAAGUUCCCACUGGGUGGUCAUCUGAACCGACCCCCCUGUCCUUCCUUCCCUCCAGCCCUCCCGGUUAGUGUCCUGAGCUGUGCACCCAGGCAGCUGCCACAUUCCAGUGGUUGAACCCUCACUGACUUGCACCCCAGACGAGCUAACCAGGUUCUCCAUCCCACUCUCGGCUGUGCCAGGGUCCCGGCUGCGCCAGGUCCCUGCAGCCGCACAGAUCCACUUGUGCAUGAGCCUCUGGCCUGGGGAAUGCGCCCGGCCCUGGGCUGGGGCCACUCCCGGCCCCGGGGCAGCGAGGGAAGGAGCCCCCCACAGAAACUGGUUCGUGUCGUAAGCUUUUUUUGUGUUUUUUGUCUGUCUGUGCAAGAACUGCAGCUGCUGAAAUCAGCUUUGCCUUUAAUUAAACUAUGUUCUCUCCAUCCA